CUUGAAACAUGCCCCUUUGUGAUUUGGCUCAGGCCAUGCCCAUUCAAGGUGUGCUUUUUUUUUGCUCUGCCUUCACCUCUGUUCACAUUGCUCAGGCUGCUUUAGGUGCGUGAAGCUUCUGUACACACACAGACACGUAUGACCCUCAGGCUUUGAGGAUGACUCCUUUCUCUUGGGAAGCCGGGCUGCUCCCUUUGGGUGUUACUAUGGCAUUAGGAGGAACAGCUCUGUACAAAUUCAAGAAGAGCCAGUGCAAAACUCUGAGCUCCCCAGUGGUGCUCUGUCACUCAACUCUGCUCUGCCUAUGGGGAGCCUAUUGCUUUUCCAGUUUAUCGCUCUUCUGGGGUUGGACUCUGUUCUCCUUGGCAUGUUGUAUCUCUUUGGCUUACUCAACCAGUCAAGAAAUGUUACCUGUGGAUGGGAGAGCUGUGUUGAUCACAGGUGGAGAUUCUGGGAUUGGCCAUGCCCUGUCAAAGUACCUGGAUGAGUUGGGAUUCACUGUAUUUGUGGGUGUUCUGAAUGAGAAAGGACCUGGAGCAGAGGCAUUGAAAAAGAGCUGCUCCAAGAGAAUUUCUGUUUUUCAAAUGGAUAUUACCAACCCAGCCCAGAUAAAAGAAGUUCAAGCUCGAAUUGCAGAAAAGGUGCAGCACACAGGAUUGUGGGCUGUUAUCAACAAUGCUGGGAUCUUGGGCACCGUAGGAGAUGGUGAGCUUCUUCACAUGAAUAUCUACAAACAAUGCAUGGAUGUGAACUUCUUUGGGGCUGUGGAGGUGACCAAGGCCUUUUUACCCCUCCUCCGGAAAUCAAAGGGAAGGUUUAUCAAUAUGAGCAGUAUGGCAGGAGCUGUUCCCAUGAAACAGUUGGCUGCAUAUUGUUCAUCGAAGGCAGCUCUGACCAUGUUUUCUGGAGUCAUGAGACUGGAACUUAAAAAAUGGGGCAUUAAAGUGGCAGUAAUUCAUCCUGCAGGCUUCAGAACAAACAUACAAGGCACAAAGGAAAUGUGGGUGGAGAAAGAGAAAGACAUCCUGGAAAAUAUGUCCCCUGAAGUACUAGAAGCUUAUGGCCGAGACUACCUCAGGGCUUCAAGUUGGCCGUUCCUCCACUCCUUUAAGCAGAGCAGCACUGACUUAUCCCCCUUAUUCACUGAUGUACUGCAUGGCAUCCUGUGCAAGAACCCAUCUGCCUUGUACACAGCAGGACUAUUUUCCUACCUGUCAAUGUGCUUAAUUUCCUAUUUUCCUGUUUCAGUCUUUGAUUAUGUUUGCAAUAAAAUUUUCCACUCCAACACUUUGCCCAAGGCUUUAACAUGAUCCAUAAAAGGUGACCUUUGUUCAGAAGGUUACGAGACACUCCUAGAAAUUGUCUUUUGGAAGUAAAGCUUUUGCCUUCCCAUUAAAGUGACUUCUAUAUAA